AUGGCUAAUUUCUCAGUACUGAUCAAGUUUGAGUCUGAAGAGGACGGGGAGACAUAUUUCGCCGACCUGGGUUCCGAUGCUCAAGGCCCGCCUGCUCUCGGCACCAAGGUCGCCGCGGUCAAGUCUUUACAGGGCUUGGCCGAUAAGCAUAAGCCCAAAACAGUGACAAUUCGUCGUCUCUUAGCACCACUUCCGAGAGACGACCUACCUCUAUAUUGCGUAGGAUUGAACUACCGUAGCCAUGCCAAAGAAGCUUCACUCACUCUGACCUCGGUUCCUCCUCUAUGGACCAAGCCAGCUGCAUCACUUGCAAACCCAGAUGAAGACAUUCCACUAAAUGACUUUUGCGCUAAGAGUCUCCCAGACUAUGAAGGCGAGCUCGUAUUUGUAACCUCCAAACAGUGCCGGAACAUUUCUCCGAAGGAAGCUAAGGACUACAUCCUAGGCUACACCGUUGGCAAUGAUAUUUCUUGCCGCAUGUAUCAGCUUCCCAAGCAUUCCGCCGGUCAAUUCUUCUUCGCCAAGGCUUUCGACAAAUUUGCACCUAUUGGACCCGCGUUGAUCAGUCCAGCUGUAUUUGGUGAUGGGUCAGGCUUUUCUGUAGAAGCAAAAGUCAAUGGGGAGGUUCGGCAAGUAGCAGAGUUCAAGAAGGAUAUGGUCUUCUCGCCCGAGCAGAUUCUCAGCCAUAUGAGCCAAGGAACAACGAUACCGGCUGGUACAGCGGUCAUGACGGGAACGCCUGCUGGAGUGGGUGCUUUCCGUAGCCCCAAGGUAUUCCUCAAGGAUGGUGACGUCCUUGAAGUCACCAUGGCGCGGGCUGGGACGUUACGAAACGUUAUCAAGUUUGAGUAA